AAGCUUGACUACUUUGUUACAUCUGCUUUAAGUCUAAAACUGUCCUCUUUUCUCCAGAUUGUGUUGCUGAUUGCAUUCAUGUGUAUCACUCUGCUGGUGGCCAGUCUGGUGUGCCUAACCCUCCCAGUGUUUACUGGGCGCUGGCUGAUGUCCUUCUGGACAGGAAACUCCAAAAUCCACGAGCUGUACACAGCCGCAUGCGGCCUGUAUGUGUGCUGGCUGUCUAUCCGCGGAGUAACUGUGCUGCUGGCCUGGAUGCCCCAGGGACGCACAGUCAUUGUACGCAAAGUCCAGGAGUGGACGCUCAUGAUUCUGAAGACCCUGGUUGUAGCUCUGCUGGUCGCUGGAGUCAUCCCGCUUCUACUGGGCCUGUUGUUUGAACUGGUCAUUGUGGCUCCACUCAGGGUUCCCCUGGACCAAACACCCCUCUUCUACCCUUGGCAGGACUGGGCUCUCGGAGUGCUCCAUGCCAAAAUCAUUGCUGCCAUCACUCUCAUGGGCCCUCAGUGGUGGCUGAAGACUGUUAUUGAGCAG